AUGAAAGAAAAAAACACAGAAAAAGAUUUUAGUAAUGAAGAACAAAUAUCUUCAAGUGAUGACACAGAUAAAGAAAAUAUUAUAUCAUUAAGAGGAUUUAAUAUAUCAUACAAAAAAAAAUUGGAAAAAUUAAAAACAAUUGAUAAAAUAGAUAACAAUAAAAAAAUUAUAAAGUUAAUUUUAGAAGACAUACAAAUUGAUCCUAAAGAAAUUAUGCAACGAGUUGUGAAUUUAUUAAAAGAGAAAGCUGUUUUAAAUGGAAUUAUUGAAAUAAAUGACCAGUUGUACAAGAUAAAAUAUAAAGAAGUAAUUCCUGAUGAUAAUAUUUUAUUUCCAGAAGAUAUUAAUAAUAUUAUAAAUUGUAAACAUGCAUAUAUAGGUAUUUUAAAAAUUUCAAAAUAUACAAAAAAAUGUACAUUUAACGAGAAAUAUCUUCAAAAAUGGCAAAACGAGAGUAUGGAUUUUUGA